GCCUGGCACAUGCUGGCCUUCAGAGAGGGCCAUGCCCCUGUGCCCCAUAUUGAUUCAAAUGAUGAUGGCAAUCAGUACAGUAUCCUGUUUGUCCUCGGCAACUUCACCACUGCCUAUUUGGUCCUCCCUCAGCUAGGGAUUCAGAUCCCACUUUGUCCAGGCCAGUUGCUGUUUAUCAACACCAGGCACUUGGCACAUCACACCACAUACUUUAGG